GAAUGACGAGUUUGCAAGGAGCAGCGUCCAUGGCGAGGGCACCGCAGCCACUGUCCAUCACCCCAGGUGACGUGCACAUUCUGAACGAACUACUACACUCGCCCGUUGCACGACGACAUCAUCAACACCAUCCGUUGCAUUUGAUUGCACAAACUCCUGUCCGUCCAAGUCUGCCUGUGACCCCUGACCUCGUCGUCGCUCCUCCCAAGUUUGCCCACGUACCGCCAUAUCGACAACUCGUGAACUCGAACAACUCAGCAGACGAUUGGGCACCACACACAGAAGAUCGGGUCCUCCAGUCGGACACUCAAGACAACUCCUCGCAAGCACCACAUUAUGUUUACCCCCUCCGCACCCCAACACACGACUGUGUCCAACCUACGACUAUGUCGUCUGAUCGUGCUUUCUUCCAUCACAUCAACAAUCAUUCGGCCCAAUUUCAGUGCAGUCAAGAACAUCCCUGGAUCUACGAAUCACAAAGCACUCGUAAUCGCUCGCCUGCCGUGUACUACGAUGGGCAAGGCGAGCUACCACGGCAAGUCGGUGGCAUAUCUCGACAUGCUGAAUUUGCAUUGCCAUUUGCAUUGCCCCACCUGCGGCACCAUCACACGCAACUCCCUGAACAAUGUCACCGGAUGUACCUUCCGUCAUCGUCGUUGGUGUCUCUACCGCCGCAGAUAUCUGCCCCGACAAGUCACGACGAUCCCGAUGACAUGAGAAAACCGCCUCGCACGUGCAAAGUAUCCAAGUGCAUGAAAACAAUCCAGAGACAUGGGUUAUGUCAUAAGCACGGGGGGGUGCGCAGGUGCAUCAAUCACGGCUGCAUGCGAAAAGAUCGAGGCGAAGGCUACUGCGUCACCCAUGGCGGCGGCAAGCGGUGCGUUGUCGACGGGUGCGGCAAGGUCGUUCGACGAGGCGCAUUCUGUUUGCAGCACACAGCUCCUACCAGUCCAAUUGUGUCAUCUAGUGCUGCUACGCAAGUGGCAUAACAGGCAACAUGUCUUCCAGGUUUCGUUUUACAAUCGGCACAUCAAUGGCGAUCAUCGAUUGGCCAAUCAAAACCCAAAUCACGUGGCCAAUCACAUCCACUAUUCGACCAAAUAAACAUCGCAUUAGUGUGUG